AUGAGCACUCUACAUCGAUGGACAGCUUCCUUGGCUCUUCUCGCCAUUUCUCUCGGCCAGCAGACCAUUAGCAUCCAGUCGUUCACUGCUCCUUCCUCUUGUGGCAGCGCUCACCAUCAUCAGAAUGGCUGCCGUUCCGCAUCGGCACUUUAUCUGUCUACUACCAACCCCAAUGUUCGAUUCUUAGGCAAAGGUUCUCACGCCGUGGUUCGACCGGGGACAGUCAUGGUUGCUCCACAGGACGAGUUCCAUCAUUUUUACCGUCAAGCUGCCAUUUUCAUUUAUGCCAUGGGAGAAGAUGAAGAUACUGAUGAGGGCAGAUAUAUGAUCCGAGGAGCCAUUUUGGAUCACCCAACUCCAUUUACGUUGGGUGAAAUGGCCGAUUCUUCUUUAUUGGAAGGCAUCAAGGAUAAUCCAAUGGCGGAGAACCUCAUCCAUCGUGGAGGUGACAAAGGUGGUGAUAACGUAUUUAUGCUGCACAAUCAACCCGAAAUUGGAGAUGGCGACAUGAUUGGUACCUCGGGGGUCUUCCAGGGAGGCCUGCAAGAAGCACUCGAAGCGUGUAAGCAGGGAAAGGCCAAACCAGAAGAUUUCAAGUUCUUUUUCAAUUUUUGUCAAUGGACAGAAGAAGAACUAGAGAGUAUGUUGGAUGACGACCCAUGGAUUGCUGUCGAAGUGCCAGCCGACUAUGUUUUGAGUGCAGAAUGGGAUCGCUCGGACUGUUGGAAGCAGCUGAGAAAUGCAUUACGAGGAGAUGCAGACGACGACGAUGCAGAAGAAGAUCCAUAUGAGUAG